AUGCCUAAUGAUAAUAAAAAAACCAAAAACAAAGCUAAAAAAAUUAAAGAAAAAGUAGAAGAAAAAUCUUCUGAAUUAGAAAACGAAGUAAGAAAAACUGCUAGCAAAAUGUCCUCUGAUUCCAGUAAUACUGCUGACGAAAUCACCAACCUUAAAAAAGAAAUUGAAACCUUAAAAGAAAAAAAUCUCCGUUUACUAGCCGACUUAGAUAACCAAAGAAAAAAUUAUCUCAAAGAAAUAAGUGAAAUGCUAGAAUUUAAUAAUAAAAGAUUAAUUGGAAAACUCUUGCUAUUUUUUGACAGUUACGAAAGAGCCAUCCAAAUUAGUCAAGCUUAUCAGGAUCCCAAAGUUGAACAAUUUCUCACUGGCUUUCAAAUGACUUUGGCCGAAGUUCAAAAUGAUUUUUUUAAAAAGGAGGGGGUAGAAGAAAUUAAGAUUAAUCUUCAAAAAGACACCUAUGAUAGCAAACUUCAUCAUGCCUUAGAGGUAGAAGAAAACAAUGAUUAUCCGGAAGGAACUAUUUUGCAAGUUUUUCAAAAGGGCUACCGGCUCCGCCAACAAGUUUUGCGUCGAGCAGAAUUUAAGGAAGAGGAAAAUAUUGACCUCCGAAAAGAUAAAUUAGCCUUACAACGCUUGAAAGAGGCAGCAGAGAAUGCUAAGCAUAAACUUUCUUUUUUAGAAACCAAAGACCCUAAUCAGGCAGUGGACAAGAAAACCGGAAAAAAAGAGGAAAUAACUAUCAAGGAUGCCCAGGGUCUAAGCAAAGAAGAAGUGGAAAGAAUGAAAAGAGAAGCCGAAGAAAACGAGGAAAAAGACCGAGAAAUGCGGGAAAAUAUUGAAAAAUUAAACGAAGCUCAAGGUUAUCUUUAUACUUUUGAAAAACAAAUGGAAGAAUUCAAAAAAAGUAAAGAUUUCAAAGAAGAUGACUCCCAAUAUCAAGAAUUUCAAAAAUUAUAUCAAAAUUUAAAGGACGCUGUUGAAACAAGAAAUUACGAACAAAUUAAAGAACAAUUGAAAAAUAUUGAAGAAUUGUGA